GUUACCUUGGCUAGGAAAUUGUUUUCGUUAUCUCAGAAACGAUGACGAAUUUAGAUAUCGUUUCGCUACGAAACGAUGUAACUUUGUCUAAGCCCCCUGGAACGCUUUCGAUUAAAUGAAUAACGUUUUCAGUCGGUAUUUGCUCCCAACAGACUUUAAGGGCGUUUAUGAGGUCUUGUCGGCUAUUCACAUGACUGAAAUUUGACUUAAGGCUUCUUUUUAAAUGAACCCAUAAAUGUUCAAUAGAAAUGAGGUCGGGACUCAUGGCUGGCCACGGUAGUACCGUAAUAUUGGCUUCUGAAAGUGCUCUCUGAGUGAUACAAGCCGUAUGCGCGCGGGCAUUAUCUUGCACGAAGACGAAGUUUUCACCGAUUCUUUGCCUAAAUGGGAUGACAUGAGGUUGGAUUACACGCUCGAUGUAACUGGCAGCAGUAACGGUGCAUUCUUCCAGAAAUACAAGUUCAGUUUUGCCCAUUUAACUAAUUCCACCCCACACCAUUACACUUGGACGCCCGAAACGAUCCGUUCCGUGAAUGCAGGCUUCUGAAAAACGUUCGCCUUCUUUUCUCUACAUGCGGACUCGACGAUCGUCACUAAAAAACUUCACUUUAGACUCGUCUGUAAACAGUACUGUCCUCCUGUUGUCCAUGGUCCAAUUUAUGUGUUCGCGAGCACACUCGCGCGCGCGCGAGUGUUCUUAACCGUGCUGCACGAUGUGCCCUUGUCAACUUGAGCCGGAUUACUCGCAUUUUGGAUCGUUGGCCAUCCUCAUGAAGUCUAUUCCGAAUGGUUUGAUCACUUAUUCGUGUGCCAGUAGAUUGGCGUAAACGAUUUUGUAAGGUACGAGCGAUUAUUUUACGCUCUCGACGUACAGUCAAUCGUAUAUAACGGUCUUCCUAGUCGGUGGUAACUCGAUUUCUUCCUAUUCCCGCUCUCCUAGCAACACUACCAGUCUCUUGGCAGCGUUCCCACAGGUUACGGAUAGCGCAUGGUGACACACCAACUCGUAUUGCCACUGAUCUCUGUUAAUGUCCUUCCUGAAGUAUAGCCACCGCUCUUGAAGCUGUUUCCAUAUCCAUAUGACGGCGAGAACCAGGCAUAAUGAUCGCAAAUAACGUAGAAAAUAAAACAAAAUGAAUAAAACAACAAGGUGCAACAGGAAUAGACAGACUGAGGCUGAGAACACAAGUGAUUGGGAAUUUUAAAAUUAGACGAUUAUUAGGGCACUUCACUUUUUUGUUUGCUCACUUAAGAGUAACAUUUAACUUGUCGCUUGAAACAUUGAUAAAGAUUCGUAAACAUGUCAACAAUAAGUUAAAAUGCUUCAACUCGCCAAUAAUUACCCUAUAUAUUUUUUUUAGACAAUAUACGGGAUUAUUUAUGGGUGGGCCCUAUUUUGUUUUGAGUAGUUUAAAAGAAAUAUAAUUUUAUUGAGACACCAUUCUCAAACUAUAAAGGAAUAAUAAAAAACUGGCUUUGGGAGUGUAUGGAUUAUUCAUCAAGGAAAAAAUGCUGAACUUCAUUUUGCAAAUAAUCGAUUCUGCUAAUAGCUAUGCAAAAUAGUUUUCUAAUUUCAACCAACUACUCCCCCAAACUAAAGUCAUCAACUAAAGGCAUUUUUUAACUUAUCAUUAGCUCUAAGUUCUAACCACAAAUAAUACAAUCAUUAUCUUUGUCACAAAAGUAAUAUUAAACCCUUUAAUUCGCAGUGAUGCUUAUGAGCAACACAGUAAACCAAAAAUUCUCCCUCUUUUGUUAUAAUUUUUUUUUCGCCAGAUUUCUGUUUACCACAUAGCUAAAACGAAACGCUUACUAGAAAAAACAAUAACUGUCAUUGUGCGUACUUAUUUUGACAGUUAUUCACAAGAUGGCGUCGAGAAUGUCUGCACCGUCCGGUUCUAAGGAAAUUGCCUUUUGUAAUUGCGAUUUAUAUUUAUUAAAAUGUUAGAUUCAUAGCAUAUUUUUAAAUAGAAUAUCUACUGAAUGUAUUUACGUAUAAAACUUGUUAUUUCACCCUUAAAUUAAUGACUUAAAUGUAUUGUAAAUACAGUGUUGCUUAUCAUCAACAUUGCGUAUUAUCCUGCAAAGUAGCAGGUAGUUUAUAUGUUGCUCUCAAGCAACAUUGCCCGUUAGGUAGUGAAUGACUUGGCUUAUUAAAUAAUAGGGUUCUUGUGUCUAGUUGCUUGAUUUAACACUUCUUCUAUCGAGUAACUUAUGCAUAAUCAAAACCUGACUAUGCGAAAAGCAAUGAUUAAGCUUGGUGUGCGGUUAAGCAUGUGUCUUUUUUCUUUUGCUUCAGAAUAAUCCUAAAUGGCAACGUACACGUACUAUUAUGGCUCUUAUACCUCCUGAAGAUGAAUCUUCGUUAGGCAGCAGUAGCUCCUCCGAAGACGAAGUUUUACUCCAUAAGCGUGAUGAUGAUGAUGUAACAUAUUGUAGUUCUGAACCAAGGUUUUAUUCCCCUUCUUUAGACCGUAUGCAUAUUUGGUUCAGUUCUGAAAACGAAAAUGCUGAUCCUACCCAACCAAACCUUCUAUUUUCAGACGAAGAAACUAUUCCAUUGUCGCCCGUAAUCAAUGAAAUGUUUCCUAAUGGUCGGUCUCAAGAACAAUUGCCAUUUAUGCUUAAUUCAGUUUCAUCAGUUUUGUCUCCAUUGACAAACUUACCAGCUACGACUACGCGUUCUAAAAGAAAGUUGAACAUUAUGCCUAAGGUUGUGGCAAAACGAGUGAAGAGAUUUAUUAGGGAGCCUUAACAUUUAAGUGAGAGACCAGUCAAUUUAAAUAUGCGGCUACAAUAGAAUUACCUUCAUACGAACCUUCCCUUGAUACAUUACUCAAAUCACCAUAGGAUUAUAACCACGUUUUUUUUUCUAAAGAUAUUAUAACAAUCAUCACAGAUAAUACGAAUUUAUAUUCAGUUCAAAGUGGAGCUACAUGAUCUAUACUAUAAUAUUAUAAAGCUGCAGAGUUUGUUUGUUUGUUUGAACGCGCUAAUCUCUGGAACUACUGGUCCGAUUUGAAUGAUUCUUUCAGUGUUGGGUAAUCCAUUUAUCGAGGAAGGCUAUAGGCUAUUUUUUUUUUCAAAAUUAGGGAUCCGUAAUGAAAUUGCUAUUUUGUAACACAAGGUGUAAAAUCGAAAACCUAUUUUUGCGUGCGCUGCAAAAACUAUUGACAAUAGAACAAAAUGAUGUACUACGGGUUUGUACAUCCUAUUAAGACCUACAAAAAAGUCCGCGAGAACAUAUACCUAGCUAUCAUGGUUUAAUCACAAUAACCGAUUUUGUGUUCAAAAUAAUUAUUAAAUCGUCUGUAGAAAAAAAAAACUACGUUAAAUAUGUAUCGUAAUAUUAAUCUUUGUUAUCAAGAGUAUUUAUGUAGAAGUAAAAUACUUUUUGUUUCAUCUCAAUCGGAUAUUUCGUUUAAAAGUUAUCACGUGUGUAAGAUGUUAAGAGUUGGUACCUAUUAAUGAGUUAUGGGCCAUAAGAGUUUUUUAUCAACAUAAAAUUCUGUAAUAAUCUUUUUCGAAAUAUAUGUGUUGAUGAUUGUAAGUAUAAGAUCUUUGAAGAGUUUAAUAAAUACAUAUCUAAAAAACUCUGCUAAGGAAAUCCACGCGCGCUUGAUGCAAGCAAGACAAGACGCUGGCGGCGCGGCUGCGGGCGAGACGAGGAGGCGGAGCUUGCUGCCCGCCUGUCGCUCUUAUUUAUUGAAAGAAAUUGAAAAAAAAAAUUAUUGAAAGUAUGACAGUACACGGUCUAAGGGUUUAUUAUCGACCCUGGUCUAAUAGGGGAGCACAGAACACAGCUGAUCGCGAAGCAAGUCGACAAACAACUUCCCGAAUACAACAACGCCUCCACCCUUGUGGGUGCAUGAGGGGAAAGGGGGUUGAGGUUAAAACGUAGUAGCGGCGGCGUCUGCAUAAAGGGAAUAAUGAUGAGGAUUUUAACAUUAUUUUUAUAUAAUAUUUAUUUAGUGGUUUAAAAUUAUUGCAGCUCUAAAGUAAAAAUAGUGGGUAGAGCACUGUCUUCUGGUCCUCAGGGUAACCUUUUCCAGAGGACAGGGUUCACAUUAUCAUGUACUAAAAUGUAAAGUAGUUCCAAUAAAUUAUUAUUAUUAUAAUGAAAAGACCUAGCAGGUAAUGUUUUAGUCAACAAUGGAACGCUUGUUGAAUGAUUUAUUACUUCUACUGUUUAGGUCAUAAAGUGACGUCAUAACUUUUUUUACCGAUAAUAUAGGACUUUUUGUCCAUACUAAGUAUUGUUUAUCUUAUCAUAAUGAGUCUUAAAAAUAGUGUUUUUGAAGUGGCCGCUUCCGAGCCCAAUGUCCAUACAUUUCGCCCAUUCUCCUUUUUGUAAUCAUGUAGUUUUUAAGUAUUUGUUCUUUAAAUGUAAAUAUGUGUAAAUAAAUAAAUAAAUAAGUUUGUAUAGGGUAUCUUAUACAUCAUUGACUACUACAUACAGUUCUCCCAAAUUAAUAAUGCGCAUACAAAUCUUCGUUAAUGGUCGUAUUCCCGGAAACACUCGAAUCAUUGAAUCGUAAAAGCCCUAAACAAUGCAUUUGUAUUUCGCACCUUGUUCUAAAGAAACAGGAGUAAAUAUCAUAUGUACACAAUCGAAAGCAAUUCGGGCGGCGCACACUGUAUUUUUUUUAAAUCGAAUGGAACUUAAUUAUUUUUUUUAUUUGUAACAAGCAUUCGUUAUUAUAGCCCAACACUAUCUCUAGCACACCAUGCAUUUAUAUUUCAAAAGCAUUUUUUCCCUAGCAACACCAUUUUUCAUAUGGCAACCCUUCAAAGUGACGCUAUUUUUUUUAAUUUCAUUAGUUCAAUUUUAAUCUGUUGCAGCGCGCGUUGUAUUAAGACAGAUGGCGUACUAUUUGCCAGUUACAUUUUCAAAUAUAUUGUGUUGUUGUAAUCGUUGUUCUUUGUGGAAGCUAAUUAGGUAAGAAUUACUCCGUGUUAUAAAUUCAAGUAGUAGAUUUACCACUAAUCCAUUGCAUUGGCUGCAAGGAGAAUUUAUUUUUAAAAUUUGUAAAUCAACUUGAAUUUACAAAAUGUAUCCCCGUGUAUCUUACCCAAAAUGCACUUUAUAUUCUUUGUUGUAUAGCACGCUAUGAGAUUAAGCUUUAUUUGCUUGCGCCAUUUUGCGUCCGCCAUACAUUUUUUUUUAUUUUUCCAUAGGAGGUCAAGCUAUGAAAAAGCGCGAAAUUUUCGAGAUUUGGCUUCGAGCAAAAAAGGAAAACAGAAAUGAAUUUGUAUGUAAUAGAAUAUUAGAAAAACAUAACAUUGCAGAUCAAACAAUGAAUGUGCCAAGGGUGUUGCGAGUAUUUAUGAGUAGUAUGUGUAAGAAAAUUGAACAAAAAUGGGAGCGAAACGAACGAAAACUGCCUAGGUUUCUCGAAAAUAAUUUAACAUGGCUAGAGAGCAACGUAGUACUGCCGAGCCAGUUUUUCAACGUCUUGCCAUCUACGAGGUCAACAGAGUUGGCUAGUAACUCCAAUGUGGGACGACCAGUUAAACCAUUUAGUGAAUGCACCCCUAAAGUUAAAAAAAGAAAAAUCUAAGAUUUAAUAAUUACGAAAUCGCAAGAAGAGUCAGCUCUUGCUGCUGAGGUUGCGUUGCGGUCAGGCGGUAAAAGAGAUGCUGCUAGUAUAGUUAAAGAAGUAGCCAACAGGUCACCUUCGCGGGCUACUAAAAUAAAAAAAAUCUUUAAAAUCGAUUGAUGCACCUCAAAUAAAAAUGACCCCAGAACAGGCUCUUUCAAUGAUGGUUGAUGCCAAACUGAGCACACAACAAUAUAAAACGAUAAGGAAACUUAAUAAAAACAUCGGCGGUAAAGUCUAUCCUACGUACCAACUCGUUGAAAAGGCCAAACAUGACAGAAGAAGCAAUCACAAUCACAGACGUGUCCGCUGAAGUUCAAUUGCAAGCCUUGUUCGAUGUAACUAUAAAGAGGAUAUGUCUUGCACAAAAGGAAGUAUUUGUGACUACCACGCCUUUAAAUCUGCAUCUCAUAACGAAAUGGGGAUGCGACGGCAGUUCCGCACAAAUAGGUACAAGCAAACCCUAAAUGAUACAGAGUAUAGCGACGGACACCCUUUCUCCAUCACACUUGUACCGCUUCGACUAGUGGAUAAAGAAGCCAAUCACAAACAGGACAGGACACCAGGCGAGAAAAACUCAGUAGCUGCUAGAAAGGCAACUAUACAACAAAAAUUUCUAACAGAAAUGGGCCUUCUAGUCGAUAUGCCCAAGCAGUCGGCAGGAAACACCAAUGACGGCAACACAGCCCGCAGAUUUUUCAGGAACACAGAAAAGACAGCCGAAAUAACAGGCAUCGAAGCUGAUCUCAUACACCACUUCCGAGUUCUACUCGAGGCUUUAUCGAGCAACCAUGAAAUUGACUGCAUUAGCUGCUUAUGCGAGAAAGACAAAAAAAAAUUACUUGCAGCAUUACUCCUGGUACUAUAUGCCUGCCAGCAUUCAUAAGAUUUUGCAUCACUCCGAAAAAAAUAUGCGUGCUUGUGUGCUGCCUCUCGGGCAGUUAUCGGAGGAAGCGCAAGAAGCAAGUAAUAAAGAGUAUAGACGUUUCCGCGAGCACUUUAGCCGGAAGACCUCCAGACAAAAAACGAACAGAGAUGUCCUUAACCGAUUUCUUAUAUCAUCAGACCCUUACUUAUCCAGCCUAAACAUAAAUUGGCCCCGAAAAACAUAUAGUAUCCCCCAUGAAACCAUGGCGCUUUUCAAGGCUCCAGAAAUACCACCAGCAAGCGACUCCGAUGAUGACGACAGCGAAGAAGACGAAGCGACGAUUACUUAAGAAUUUACAAUGAAAAUAGCGCGUGUGAUUACGAUAUGGUCGUCAGUAUUUAUAAUAAAAAUUGUAAAUUCUAAAAAACGUAAUAAGUUCCGCUAGAUUUGAAAAUCCCACACUGUGCGGCGGUCGCCGGUCAGUCAGUCGUCUUUAAAUAUUGGCGGUGACUGCACGUGUUCUCUCUAUGUGGAUUAUAUAGAGCUCCUAUUACACACCCUUCUUUGUUUUGUUUUCAGAGGUAAGUUUAAUUUCAACUUUAAUUAUGUUGGCUGCAUAAUCAAAAACCAUGAGUGUCUAUUAUUCAUGUCAGUCAUUCUUUCUUAUUCAAAUUUAAAU